ACUAACAGCCAUGUCUGGAUUACGGGUCAGAUAGACGACCAUCAGCGUUAAUGUGGCUGGCUCCUGAGGAUUUAUUUCUCCGUUACACCUCUGGAGCUCCGUGUCUCACACAGCCCGGUGUCCACGGAGGGAAACGGGGGGACUGAGCGCUCCUCUACGGCUUCGUCUGCGCAUUCCGCCCGCACGCAGACACAAACACAGGAUGGUGUUUAUAAUUGGACGCGCAAACAAUUGACGGCGCGGUGGUCGAACCUUAAAAAAAAAAAAGGAAAGGGUGUUUCCACAACAGAGCUGUAGAUGUGAUAGUUUUCAUUUUUUUCUCUCUGGGGACGGCGUUUGAUCACUAAAUCCAUCCAAAUGAUGUCCGGAAAGCAUUUCAAGGCUCACGAAGUGAGCUGCUGCAUCAAAUAUUUCAUCUUCGGAUUUAAUAUCAUCUUCUGGUUCCUCGGCGUGGCGUUCCUCGGCAUCGGGCUGUGGGCUUGGAGUGAAAAGGGCGUCCUCACUAACAUCUCAUACAUCACUGAUCUGGGGGGCUUCGACCCCGUCUGGCUCUUCCUCGUGGUGGGCGGCGUGAUGUUCAUCCUCGGAUUCGCCGGAUGCAUCGGAGCGCUGCGAGAAAACUCUUUCCUGCUUAAAUUUUUCUCCGUUUUCCUGGGGAUAAUCUUCUUCCUGGAGCUGACUGCAGGAGUCUUGGCAUUUGUCUUCAAAGACUGGAUAAAGGACCAGCUCAACUUUUUCAUUAACAACAACAUCCGAGCCUACAGAGACGACAUCGACUUGCAGAACCUCAUUGACUUCACACAAGUUUAUUGGGAGUGCUGCGGAGCUUUCGGCGCUGACGACUGGAAUUUGAACGCCUACUUCAACUGCACUGAUUCCAACCCAAGUCGGGAGAAAUGCGGCGUUCCCUUCUCUUGCUGCACCAAAGAUCCCGCGGAGGACGUCAUCAACACUCAGUGUGGAUACGACAUUCGAGCCAAGUCGGACCCCGAGCAGCGGUCUUUCAUCUAUAUCAAAGGCUGCGUGCCGCAGUUUGAGAAGUGGCUUCAGGACAAUCUGACAGUGGUGGCGGGCAUCUUUAUCGGGAUUGCAUUAUUGCAGAUUUUUGGCAUCUGUUUAGCUCAGAAUCUCGUGAGCGACAUCGAGGCUGUAAGAGAAAGUUGUUUGUUUACCUAAUCCCUCCCUGGGGUUUUCAAAGGCAAGAAGGAUGUACAAAGACUCUGCAGUUUGGACGCAAGUGAUGAAGGGAAAUAAAUUAAUCAGCUCAUGUGUCCACAAAGACUUAUCUGGAUGUAAAUUGUAAAUUUAGAAUUAUUUUUAGAGUUAUUGUAAAUGAAGCGCACGCUCUGAAAUGAGGUGUAGUGGCAGUACCAGCGCGGCGAAGAGGGGAACAUUCAUUAUUGUGCACAGAGUGACUUUUUCUCUGAGGUGCUGCUUCAUUUAGAAUAAGGGCCUUGGUUUUAUAUGUCUCACAGCUGCAGUUUUAAACAGCUGCAUGCAAGGGUUGUGUACAAACAAAAAAGAAAAAAGGUGAUUCUGAAAAUGCACUGCAUGCCUCUUGUCUACUGAUAAGACAUCGGCUCUUCUAAAUGUAUUUCAUUAACUUUAAGUAUUUUAAAAUAUUUGUAAAAUAGUCACUUAGUUUAGAGUGGAUUGGCAAGUUAGCACUUUGUUGAAUGUUUAACGAAAUCUACUUAAAGCUACAGGUUUAUUUACUUCUGUGAGAUGAUCAUUUAAACCCCAGUUUGUCAGCAGAGUUACGCUGGACUGUAGUGACAUGUGGUAUCCUAAAGAGACGUGAUGGAUGUGGUACAGUGGGAUUUGUAAACGUUCUUUUUUUGAAGAGUCUUGCAGUGACAU